CGCACGUGGCGGAGCCUAAUCGGAGCCGGAAGUGAGGGCUCCCUGAAACUCUUAAAACUACCCACCGACAGCUCCCUUUGCUGACCCGGAAAGACGCGCCCUCACCAAAGAUGGCGAACUCGCGUUCGCGCCACGUUUCCUCCGGCGGGCGGGGAAGGCAAGGAGGGCCUCGCCCUCAACCAAGAUGGCCGCCGGGGCUUCAGUGGGAUCUCCUCUGGGGGGGCGUUUCUGAGGGGAGGAGCUGAAAGGAAAGUUAAACUAUGGCGCUGCGAGAAGGUGGAGGGCAGAGAAGCGGACUCAGUUGGUAGUGGGGGGCGCGCCCCUCUUCCCCCCAGCCUGGGUCUGUCCUCCCUGGGAGGAAAUCUCCCCACUCCUUGCCCCCUCCUGGGGGGUGGGGAGGCGUAAACCCACCCCGUCACUGAGGCCCCCCCCUUCUCUUCCCCCACUUUUAAUCUUUCCCUCUUUGGAGCUCCAUAACAUUUCACUUUUUCUAACCCCCCCCCCAAUUUCUUACACUUUCCUCCCCCCGCCUCCAGCCUUAAUACUCCCCCUCCUUCUAGCAGAAGCCCUGCCUUCCUUAGGGGAAGAAACACCCCCUAAACUCCCACCCCCCCAUCUGAGCCAAACUCUCAAAAUCUUGCAAACCCCCCCCCCGCCAUUCUCCCCACCCCCCACCCCAUGAGCCUCUGCCAAGAGAUCUCCCCUCCGCCCGCCCUGGCCUCUGGCCCCCCUGGGUCUCCCUCGGGGCUCCCCUCCUUGGCCUCCCCCUUGAUUUCUGCCCUCUUGGCUGCUCUGUGUGGGGGCCAGCCAGAGGGGGGAUCCUUCUGGGGGAGGGAGGCCCCCCGCUGCACUCCUCCAGGUGACUGAGAGAGAGACUGAGAGAAGAGAGAGGAGGUCAGGAUCCCUCGGGCUGGGUGACGGAGCGCAGCCCAGCCAUGCCCAGACUGGAGAAGGUGGCCAACGUGAUCCUUCGGGUGCCCAACAUCGUGCUCCUGGACUUGCUCUACCGGUGGGACGUGCAGGCCUUUGCUGAGCUGCUGCGGCCCAGGGCGGAAGACUCUUACCUGCGGCGCCAUCACCUGUGGCAUGUCUAUUACGCAGGUCACCUGGCAUGUGUGGUGGUUUUGCUGCUCCCAGUCCGGUUCCUUGUGAAGCUGUACCUCUACUUGUUGACUGCUUUGCUGCUCUACGUGGGUCACCAGACUGCUCGGGACUACAUCCGCGCUGAGAUGGAACGCGAAUUCCAUGGUGCUGUAUACAACGACCCCGUAGCACUCAGCCACUUUGCCACCGCACUCACAGGCCAGGUCCUUGUCAUCAUCCUCUGCGCCCUGCUGCUGAACACCAAGAGGGUGUGGCUGCUCUCGGCUCCGCUCCUGCCCUUGGUGGCCCGGCUGUGCUGCCUCCCGCUCCAAGCUCUGCCCGUGGUCAGCACCUUUGCAGCCACCCUCACUGCCCUGGAGGUGCUGUACGUCCUGGCCUCCUCCGUGGCCGUGCCCUUCCGCUUGGCAGCUGCAGCCUGCAGGGAGAUGACGCAGAUGCUGGAAGUGUAUCGGCUGGUCGCACUGGGGAUGUCUCUCUGGAGGCGGCUGGCCAUCCCGCUCUUGUUCCUGGUCUUCUGGCUGGCCCUCUUCACCCUGCAGAUCUGGGCAGCCAUCUCCUCCAGCCACCUUUUGUCCCAGCAAGGGCUGCUGUUUGUCUUCCUCAGCAGUGUGGCUGAGUGCUGUAGCACACCCUACUCCCUCAUUGGGCUGACGUUCACCGUCUCCUAUCUGGCCUUGGGACUGCUCAAGCUUUGCAAGUUCUACCUGGCAGGCUAUGGUGCGUUCCAGAAUGGUAACGUGAUGCACAGGGGUGUGACGGAGGGCGUGACCCUGCUGCUGCUGGCCCUCCAGACAGGCUUGCUGGAUUUGCAGCUUCUCCAGAGGACCUUCCUCCUCAGCAUCAUCCUCUUCAUCGUGGUGACCUCAACCCUGCAGUCAAUGAUUGAGAUCGCCAACCCUAUCGUGCUGGGGCUGGGGGCUUCACGGAACAGGAGUCUCUGGAAGCACUUCCGUGGGGUCAGCAUGUGCCUCUUCCUCUUGGUCUUCCCCGGCUUCAUGGCAUACAAGAUUGCCCACUUCUUCCAUAUGGACUUCUGGCUCCUGAUCCUCGUCUCCAGCUGUAUGCUCACCUCCCUGCAGGUGAUGGGGACGCUCUUCAUCUAUGCCCUCUUCAUGGUUGAGCUCUUCCAGGAUACCCCGAUGGAGAAGAUGGACGAGGUCAUCUACUGCAUCAAUGCCAUCAGCUGCGUGCUGGAGUUCCUUGUGGCUGUCUGCGUGGUGGCCUAUGGCACCUGGGAGUCCAUCUUUGGGGAGUGGAGCUGGAUGGGGGCCUCAGUCAUCAUCAUCCACUGCUAUUUCAACGUCUGGCUGAGGGCCCAGUCGGGCUGGAAAAGCUUUUUGCUCCGCCGAGAGGCAGCCAAGAAGAUCAACUCGUUGCCCAGGGCCACCCGAGGGCAGCUGCAGGACCACAAUGACAUCUGCGCCAUUUGCUUCCAGGAAAUGGCCCUCGCCGUCAUCACCCGCUGCGGCCACUUCUUCCACGAGGGCUGCCUGCGCAAGUGGUUCUACGUGCAGGACACCUGCCCCUUGUGCCACCAGCCGGUCAAGCUCCCUGCCAGCGAGGAGGCUCCUGCCAACCCAGGCAGGGCGCCAGGGCUGGGGGAGCCGGCGGCAGAGGGGGAGGAGGCUCCCGGCCCUGAGGAUGGAGGAUCUGCUGCCCACUCCAGCGCUGAGAGCUCGGGUUCUGGCAGGACUGCAGAGGCUGGCCAGCCCCACAGGACCGAACCGCAAGGCCCACUGCUCUCGGGACCAGCUGGGGAAGAGCUGCCGGCAGGAGGUUCCGGAGAACCCGUGAAGCAAGUUCCCAGCCACGGCUCCCCCCAGAAGGACGCGGGGGCCUCCAGCGCAGCAGCAAGUGGUGGCCAAGUGGCUGGUGAGCUGCAGCACCCCCCUGCCCCCGGAAGCCCCACGGAGCUUUUCCCAGGAGCCUUGGGCAGCAGUCCAGGGGAGCCCUCAGCCCCAGGGCAGGGCCCUCCCCAAACCACAGGUGGCUCAUCCCACACUCAAGGAAGCAGUGUAGGCCCUUGCCUGCCAGCUGCUGGGGGGCAUCCAGCUGGAGAACACCUUGAGGGGCCGACACCAAGGCCAGGAGCUGUGGGGCCUCUUGUGGCGGCCGAGGGCAGAGCUGAGGAGGUCCUGGGUGGGACCCAGCAACCAGGCACAGUCACGGGUGGCCUGAAGCCCUCCGGCUCUGAGGGCCACGCUGAAGACAGGGACGCUUCUCCCGCCUCCUCUCCUUCUUAGCACGGGGCCUCGGCUUGCUCUGUCUUCUCCCCUGCCCCCUCGCUCUUCCUCCUGCUUUUAGGGGAGUAGGGGCCACAAUGGGGGCUGGAGAAGGCUGGCUUCUGCUCCUAGUCUGGGGGGCGCCAGAGGGCCACAGCCAGCCUCGGAUGGUCCUUUGCUCCCCUUCCUCCGCAGAUGCUAGUCCCACCAGGAAGACGUUGCUUUUUGUUUCCCUUUUUAUUUUAAUCAGUGGACGGCUACAGCCAUCUUUAGAAUUUUGCGCUGGCCGCAAUACAGGCGCAGUAACUCAGCCGCAUUUGUCUUUUGAAAGCAAGUGCUGCUAUCCCAGGUGGCACCAGCCUUCUUUCAGAAUGGUGCCUGGGCCAUUUGUAGUUGCCUUGGAUGUUGAUCACCUGGCCCCCACAAAACAUAGCAAUACCCCCAGCCCGGGUGUGUGGUCUUUCUGAGGGAGGGAUUCAUCUGGGUUUUCCCACAAUGCGCACUUAGGGUACAACUCAUCAGCUCGCUGACUUGUGAUGAGGUGAUUGCAUUGACGAGUACAUUAUUCCAGCACUGUGAACAUCCAGGGGCAGAGACUCCUGCUUGCAAACUCAAUAAAUUAAACCAAUGGGCA